AUGGCCACGUUGCUAUCUUUCUUUUUGAUGUUCAUCCUAGUCUUGUUGGCGCAUCCAAGAACAAGCGCUGGAUUCAUAUGUGAAAGCACAUCUUGCGAAAUCGGUGGACUUCCUAUUCAGUUCCCGUUUUGGUUGAGACAAGCAAAUCAAAGUCAACUCUGUGGUUACCCAGGAGGGUUCGAGCUGUCGUGUAGCAACAGCACUAACGGUCAACCGUUGAUUACUCUACCAGAAGCCGGAGACUUCGUGGUGAAACUCUUCUCACUAGAGAACCAAAAGAUUUGGAUUAAUGACCCUGAAGAGUGUCUCCCAAGUCGUUUCAUGCAUAACCAUGGGUUGAACCUCGAAGUUUCCCCAUUCCGAUUGAGCGAUUAUUAUACUAUUGUCGAUUACUCCUUCCUUAACUGCCCCUCCAAUUUAACCUCUUCCUUACUUGUACAGCCCAUAAGCUGUUUGAAUCUAAGCUCUAACAACAAAAACAACAACAACAACAACCACCACCUUAACUAUUCGGUGGUAGCUGUUCUGUCCGAUCCUCCUUUUUCAACGCCAUGGACCUCAUCGUGCGACCUGAUUUCCACAGCUUCCAUCCCCGUUUCAGACAUGGUUUCGUUGUUCUGGGUCGACUAUUAUUCUGACAUUCAAUUGGAAUGGGACAACCCUAAUUGCGGAAGUUGUGAAGCACGUGGAGGACGAUGUGGGUUCCUUGGUGAUCCUCCUUUUAAUGUUGCUUGUUACGAUCUUCCCAAUCAAAGUCAAGGUCUUUCAAGGAAAGCCAAGUACGGUAUAAGUAUGGGCCUGGGAAUUCCUGGACUUCUAGGUAUUAUUGGGCUUGCAUGUUUUUUCUGCGGUAAGAGGAACAGGGGUGAUCAACUGCGGCAAACAAGCACUGAACUUUCUACCCUAAUUAUGGCACGUCCUUCUGUUGUAGUUAUGGGCCUUGAUGGGGCAGCUAUAGAAAGAUAUCCUAAAACCCAGCUUGGUGAAAGUGGACGAUUGCCCAAGCCCAAUGAUAACAUUUGCUCCAUAUGUCUGUGUGAAUAUCAGCCCAAGGAGAUGUUAAGGACCAUCCCAGAGUGCAAUCACUAUUUUCAUGCCAAUUGCAUAGAUGGGUGGCUCAAGAUGAAUGCUACCUGCCCGUUAUGUCGAAAUUUACCGGAGGGUUCCUCUUCAUUUUCUCGGUCUUUGCUUUUAUCUCCAGCUUCUUAAUAUUUGUCAUUGUAACUAUUGCUCUUUCUUUUUCUUUUCUUUUUUAUACAUAUUAUUACUCAU